AUGGAUGAACAGACGCUCGUGUCUCCCAGAAUUCCCUAUCGUACCAGCGGUCAUAUUUUAUUCACAAUGCAAAUGGAAGAAUCAAUAGAUUUACGUGCUGAUAACAUCUGCGGUACUAAGGCUGCGUAUCGAUCUCGAAUUCACCUAUUUCUACUUCCUUUUUUAAUUUCUAAUUUUUUUCUUUCAUCUGUCUUUCUUUCUCUUUUCUUCACAAUUCUGUUUUCUUCUCUUUCCUUUACGAUCCCGUCUUUUUCUUUUCUUCACGAUUCACUCUUUCUCUUUCGCUUUUCUUCACGAUUCUGUGUUUCUCUUUUCUUCACGAUUCACUCUUUCUCUUUCGCUUUUCUUCACGAUUCACUCUUUCUAUUUUCUUCACGAUUCACUCUUUCUAUUUUCUUCACGAUUCACUCUUUCUCUUUCGCUUUUCUUCACGAUUCACUCUUUCUAUUUUCUUCACGAUUCACUCUUUCUAUUUUCUUCACGAUUCACUCUUUCUCUUUCGCUUUUCUUCACGAUUCACUCUUUCUCUUUUCUUCACGAAUCCAUCAAUCUUUCUAUUUUCUACACGAUUCUGUCUUUCUAUUUUCUCCACAAUUCUGUUUUCUUCUCUUUCCUUUACGGUCCCGUCUUUUUCUUUUCUUCACGAUUCUGUGUUUCUCUCUCUUUUCUUCACGAUUCACUCUUUCUCAUUCGCUUUUCUUCACGAUUCUGACUUUCCCUCCAUUUUCUUCACGAUUCUGA